AUGGCCCAGGUGAAGCAGCUCACGCUUUUAAGCGAGACCGAGUUCGACUCCAAGGCACCCAAUGGCUUUCCGGCGAGCUGCCCAAAGCUAGACCUAGCGACGGUAUGGGACACGGGCGGCAGGAAUCUCCUGAUAUAUCGACCUCCCAAUCAAGUCAUCUCCAAGAUACACCACGUUGGUGCUCCGGGAAAGCCGGCGCCCGAGGCUGUGGCCGUGACAUGGAAGCCAGAUGGUUCGUGGCACCCAUUCGGGACCCCAAAACCCAACCCUCCCGUCACAAGUUGCAGCCGCUCACAGCAGCUUUGCACAGGACAGUUCUUGGCCGUGGGCUGGAGUGAUGGCGUUGUGCGGCUCAUGGGGCUCGAGAAUAACAAGGCUGCCCAUCAUAUUCCUGUGUGCGAUCCGUCGAACACGCGUAUUACGUACAUCGGCUGGACGAGCAGCAGUAUAGCCGACAAGGCCGUCAAAUCCAUUUCCAGGCAACCGGGAGGCGAUCUUUUCGACGCAUGGAGUUGCUCUUCCAGAGAUAUGCCAAUGGAUCUGCCGCAAGAGCUUGCUUUCUUGGAGGUUGAGACAGCGCUUCCAAAGAUCAGCGCUUUGCCAACUGCGAGCGCUGGUACAGACGAAGAUGCCGUCGUAUUUACGCUGCGGACUGGUAUCGAGUUUCUGUUUCCACCCCCAAAGAGAAACGAAUAUGACGAUGUCAACGUUAUGGUAACCGGGACCAGCGACGGCAGGCUUCUGCUAAACAUCUUCGACACCUUCGGCGUAGGAAUAUUUCAAUGUCCAUCUGCGAACCCCCCCGCAAUUGCUCAGCUGAUCUGCCACGCAUCCCAUCCCCAAGUAUCGACUCAGGCUCUCGUCCUAGCCGAUAAAAUUUCGCAACCCCUUGAGUUGCACCUGGUCCCGAUGGAUUUGCCGUUCAUCUACUCCUCACCAAUAAAUCUGUCUCUACUUUUCUCCAAGCUUACUACACUUCAGACAAUGCUGAGAUACUUAAGGCAGACCCAGAUGCAUAUGAUAGUCGAGUGGAAAAAUGCGAGAGAGCUACCGAGUCGUUUCCUGCGAAGCGUGCACGAAAGCCUAGAGAACGCUCCAAAGGGUCCUCGGGGUAUAGUUCCCGCACUGUAUCACACUGUUGUUACUGGCCAUGCCCACCAGUCUGUCCGAGAGUGGCUUCUCGACAGCCUCGCAGAGCGUGGACACAAACGAUGGGACAAGGCGGUGGUAUCCAGCCUUGAGAACCUGCGGGAUCUUGUUCACGAAAAUUUUCUCCCUAGUCUCGAGCGGUUUGCCAUUAUCCUGAGCCGACUCCGUGGUCUUGCCCAGUUUCACAACAGUCGGAGCGACAUCGGCUUCUCCGUUGCGCAAAUAACCAGAGUCUUGGAUAUUAUCAGCUGUCUAACCCUCGUUGGCCACAAGAUUCUCACCUAUGUUAUGGACGAGCUCGAAAGCUUUACCGCCUUUUCCACAUGGCUCCGCCUCCAGAUUGACCGGCUUGCUAGCAGUUCCGGCGGAGAACUCAAUGAGAAGGAGGCAACGAUAGACUGCACAAAGGUUAUCGCCUACAUUGAGCGAUACCUUACUGGAAGCCCCCUGGAUGUCUUCUUCGACGAAGUUUCCGAGAAUGAUUACGCCGAGGGUUGGAAGCACUGUGACGACGGGUUCGAUUUGCUGGAUAUGCUUAACGAGCAAUUAAACAAGUGCGAGGAAGGCCAGCCGAGCAUGCGAGCUCUGUAUCAUGUCAAAUUUUUGGUGGACUGCGUGACAAAAUGGUCGAAUCGGAUUUUCCAAGACAUUGCCAACGCAAAGAAGAGGAGUGUGCGAUUUGGGAAACCCAUUCGGCUAUCUGUCGGACAUGCGGUGAGCAUGAUGGAUGUCAGGAUGUGCCAGACUGAAAAUGGAGGAAUGAUAUAUGCUGCUCUCACAUCGAAGGAAGCCGACAGCAAAGUGUUUCUGUUCCUCAGCGACCUCGACGUCAUCAAUGGCAUCAGUACCAAUCACCCCGUCAGAUGGAGCGGAAUAGACCUUGCUGGUCGAAAACUCAUCGAUCUCAAGUUUCUCAACGAUACAACCCUGGUCCUUGUCUGCAACGAACCAGAUGACACGCCCGUUGUUCUUGCAGUACCCAUCCGGGCCGACGACGUACCCUAUGAACUUUAUGACGGCCACAUCAACGCAGCGGUGAGCAGCGUUUCAACCCAGGGUCUCACAGAGUACCGCCUUCCCGGGGGUCACAGCAUAAAGCCGGUGAGGAUGGAGGUGCAUGAUAUGGGUGACGUCAAGGGCACGGCCACAGCGAAGCUCUGUCUCCUAGGGAGCAAUCGCACUACAUGGUACACCCUGCUGAUGCCUUUGUUAUGA